ACCUAUGAAUGUGAAUGCAAACAAUUCAGGUGGCAUGCCACCUCCACAAGUGGCACAGAAUCAACAAAAUGCAAAUUUACCGCCGGCAAUGGGCCCAGGUGGUUCUCCUAUGGCCAAUAAACCUACAAUGCCCCCAUGUCAAGUUCUAAUCAACUGCCUCCAUCAAUGGGUAAUCCAGGCAUGCCACCUAUGCCAGGUCAAUACAUGCCUAGGCCAGCAGGAAAUAUGCCACCAAUGCCUGGGCAGAAUAUGCCACCACAGCCUGGACACAACAUGCCACCUCAGCCUGGACAGAACAUGCCACCAAUGUCACAACCUCAAAUGCCACCAAUGGCAGGCAGUGGUAUGCCUCCAUUACCAGGGCAGAAUAUGCCCCCACACUCUGCACAAUCUGGCAUGCCUCCUAUGUCUCAACCUGGCAUGAUGCCACCACUACCAGGUCAGCCUAUGCCACCCCCUGGACAAAAUGCUCCACCUCAGCAAGGAAUGCCACCACAAAUGGGGCGAAACAUGCCCCCGAUGCAAUCUCCCAUGGGUGGGAUGCCGCCAAUGCAACCACCAAUGGGUGGUAUGCCACCCAUGCCAGCGCAAAACCCUUCAUUAAUGCAAAAACGCCCGCCUAUGCCGGGACAAAUGCAAGGGCAAAUGCCUGGUCAUAUGGGGGGAUAUAACAACAUGAACCAACCACCCAUGCCCGCCCAACAAGGCGGGUUCAAUCAGAUGAAUAAUCAGAUGCAAAAUAUGAAUAUCAGCGGACCAUAUGAUCAGAAAACCAUGAACGGCGACAACGGCCCUCAUAUGAUGCCACCGUUAAGCCAGCAGCAAUACUUGAAUGGACAACAAAAUCGUCCGGGAUAUCCACCGAUGACCAAUCAGGGAAUGCCGAAUCAAUAUUCUCAACCUGCAUAUGCAGCACAACAACAGCAACAGCAGAAGCGUUUAAAUCCGGAUCAGAUGCCCAGUCCCAUUCAAGUAAUUCAAGAUGAUCAAACAAGUCGCUCUGGAGUUUUCUACUCCAACCAGAAAGGCCUAGUUCCGCCCUUAGUGUCGACUAAGUUUGUCGUUCAAGAUCAAGGCUACGCCAGUCCGAGGUAUAUUCGCUCGACAAUGUACAAUGUGCCAAUUACCAACGAUUUGAUGAAGCAGACUGCUGUUCCUUUCGGCCUUGUUAUCAGUCCAAUGGCACGCGUUGCCGAAGGUGAAGUAACACCUCCGAUCGUCAAUUUCGGCGAGCUUGGACCAGUUCGAUGCGUUCGUUGCAAAGCAUACAUGUGUCCCUAUAUGCAGUUUAUUGACUCCGGCCGCCGAUUCCAAUGCCUCUUCUGUAAAGCAUCCACCGAUGUGCCCGCCGAGUAUUUCCAACACUUGGACCACACCGGUCAGCGCAUGGAUCGCUAUGAUCGGCCUGAACUUGUGCUCGGCACUUAUGAGUUUACUGCCACAAAAGAUUACUGCAGGAACAACACAUUCCCGAAACCGCCGGCGAUUAUUUUUGUUAUUGAUGUGUCCUACAACAACAUUAAGUCUGGUUUAGUAUCGUUGAUUUGCUCCCAGAUGAAAGAUAUCAUCAAGAAUCUACCUAUUGAUGAAGGACAGCAGAAGAGCAACAUGAAAGUUGGGUUUAUAACUUAUAACAGUUCCGUGCAUUUCUACAACAUCAAGGGUAACUUGGCAGCUCCUCAAAUGCUGGUUGUUGGGGAUAUUCAAGAAAUGUUUAUGCCAUUGUUAGAUGGUUUUCUCUGCACACCUGAAGAAUCUGAAGCUGUAAUUGAUGCUUUGAUGGAACAAAUUCCACAAAUGUUUGCUGAUACGCGAGAAUGCGAAACUAUUCUUUUGCCGGCGAUUGUUGCUGGAAUGGAAGCUCUCAAAGCUUCUGAUUGCACUGGAAAAUUGCUUGUUUUCCAUUCAAGUCUCCCGAUUGCCGAAGCACCCGGUAAACUCAAGGCAAGGGAUGAUAGAAAGUUGCUGGGAACUGAUAAGGAGCGCACUAUUUUAACACCGCAAAAUCAAACAUACAAUCAGUUGGGUCAGGAUUGUGUUGGAGUUGGGUGUGCGGUUGAUUUGUUCUUAUUUAAUAACGCGUACAUUGAUAUUGCUACCAUUGGGCAAGUAUCUCGUCUUACUGGUGGCGAAGUUUACAAAUAUACAUACUUCCAAGCUGAUUUAGAUGGUGAACGAUUAAUUCACGAUAUCGUCACGAACAUUAAUCGUCCAAUCGCGUUCGAUUCUAUAAUGCGAGUACGAACAUCAACUGGGGUGCGUCCUACUGACUUCUAUGGACAUUGCUUUAUGUCAAACACAACUGAUAUGGAAUUGGCCGCAAUAGAUUGUGAUAAAGCGAUAGCUGUCGAAGUGAAGCACGAUGAUAAGCUCCAGGAAGAGGAAGGAAUUUACAUCCAAGUGGCGCUUUUGUACACGUCAGUGUCCGGUCAACGACGACUACGUAUCAUUAAUCAAGUCCUCAAGACUUGCUCACAAAUGGCCGAUUUGUAUCGCAGCUGCGAUCUGGAAACUAUCAUCAACUUCUUCAGUAAGCAGUCCGUGUACAAGAUUCUCGACAACAAUCCGAAGACGGUGAAGGAUGCGAUUGUGCAGCGUUCGGCUCAGAUGUUGGCCAACUAUCGCAAGAACUGCGCUAGUCCCAGCAGUGCCGGUCAGCUUAUUCUGCCUGAAUGCAUGAAAUUGCUUCCACUGUACGUGAAUUGUUUACUCAAGAGUGAUGCGUUAUCUGGAGGUACUGAUAUAACUAUUGAUGAUCGUUCGUUCUGCAUGAUGGCAGUGAUGACGAUGGACAUUGACAACUCUGUUAACUAUUUCUAUCCGCGUUUGAUUCCACUGAAUGAGAUUUCUAUCAAUGGUUCCGAUGUUAUCCAAAUCCCGAUGCAGAUUCGUUGUACCAUUGAGAAAAUGACCGAUCAAGGAGUUUACAUUUUAGAAAACGGCAUUUACAUGUUCUUGUGGAUUGGUUUGGGAGCUAAUCAAGAUUUUAUUCAACAAGUAUUUGGUGUACCAUCUGCUGUACAAAUUAACAUUGAGCAAACAACAUUGCCAGUAUUGGAUAAUCCGACGUCGGAAGCUGUGCGAACGAUUAUUGAACAAAUUAGAUCACAACGACACAGAUACAUGAGAUUGACUUUGGUCAGGCAGAAAGAGAAAAUGGAAAACGUCUUCAAGCAUUUCCUCAUUGAAGACAGAGGACUUGAUGGUUCGCCAAGCUAUGUCGACUUCUUGUGCCACAUGCACAAAGAAAUUCGGAAUAUCUUAAGCUAGCAGAAACGUCGUUAAAAGACGCUUCAACACUCGCAACAAUAAUUUCUCCCUGACGCAUAGUAAGGAAAUUUACAAGAAAUGAAGAAAAUCUAAUAUAUAAAUACAUAAAACACAGGUAAAGUAAAGAUAAACUGAAUAAUGGAUACUACCAGAGGUUUCGAUCGUCAGACUGCAACAUCUUUGACUACAUAAAUCAACAUUAUAAUCAUAUUAAAGCUAUUAUUUUAAUACAUGUUAUGUUUAUUUGGUUUGAUUAGCGAUCUGUUGAAAUUCAUGAUGGUGGUGCAUUCGGUUAGUUUCAGUCAUUCAUCAUUACAUGUAGAAAAAUUCUGGAGUGAAAUUAGUAUUAACCUAGGACUUGCAAAUUAAUUCGGUCGACUCAUUUAUCGGCUUAUAAUCGAUGCGCCCGUCGUGCUAUAAAUAAUAUGUAGAAUGUAACUUAGGUAGAUAGGCAAUCAUGGAAUUUACUUGGUUGAGUUGCUCUUCAUCAUGAAUUUCGUUUUGUUUAAUGCUGAACGUAACUUGCAAUGAGAUGAAUGAAUUGGCAAACAUUGGGCAACCAACAUAUAAUAAACGAUAAACUUUGUAAUCACGAUAUCUAUAUUUUGUAUAUCAUAGGUUAUUUUUAUUGGUUCUCCUUAUAAAGGUUUAUGUACUAUAAAAUAAUAUACGAUAUAGUAAUUUUA